AUGACUAUAAAUACUACACAAACAUCGAGUCGUUCUGUACGUCUCAAUGUUUAUUAUCUAAUACCUUACCGUAUAUUACAUACUAUAUUCAAUAUAAUGACAUUAGGCUUAUUUACUCCUUGUCAUUCAGCUAUAGAAAUUGAUGGUUCGGAAUAUGCUUACUAUGGUCAUCCAUUUCAUUUUAGUGGUGUUAUGUCUGAUACACCAAAUAAAGUUUCAAUGAAAUUAGCUUAUACUAAAAUUUAUGGACAUACAACAUUAUCUAAUACAGAAAUUGAAGCUAAAGCACAUGAUUUAUCAUUUAUUGGUAUCAAUUAUAAUUUAUUUCAUUUUAAUUGUAAUACAUUUGCUGAUGCUUUUCUCUAUGCAUUAACAAAACAUCAUUUACCUGGUUGGAUAAAUCGACCUGAACGUUGUCUGCAACGACUACAAUGUAUGCAUCGAUUAUUUAAUCAAACUGCAGAUAUUAGUGUAAAAAUUAUUACAGCAUUAUAUAUAAAAUCUGCUGGUGAUCAAAAUACUAUUUUCAAUCUAUUAGGAAUCGCAAAUAAUCAACGUUUAACUACAAUUUAUGAAGUAAUACUUCAAGAUUAUAUAUCUUGUGGGCAACUUCCUAAUUUUGAACGUUUACGUCAAUUAUCUGAUCUUCAAAUAAGAGAUCAUUUAAUAUAUAUCCAUAAUAAUUUUCUUUCGACAUUUUCAACAAAACAAUCUAUUACUUUAAAUAAAAUAUUUGAUAAUCUAUCUUUACUUCAACAACAAUUCAAACGAAUGGAAUCUAAACUACAAAUUUCUUCCGAGAAAAAUCCAUCUUUCAUUAUUAUAGACAAAACUAUUGAAUGA